UGGGGAGGAGGAUGGGCUGAUGCGGUACAACAGGAUGUGGAGUUGGGUGGACGUAUCGAUAACUCGCUACCUAUCAGCGGUGUCAAUGUCGGCCUCUGUGGAAGCAGGCACACGCAGGACGCUGCUGCUGCUGCUGGCCAAUUGGAGGCAGUCGCCUUCCGGCAACAACGCAGAGCAGAGGAGCGACGCUCACAACAGCGAAGCGGAGCGCCGGGUGGCUAAAACGCAGCAAGUUUGCGCAGCGGGGAGCACAGGGCGAACCAAGAGGACCCGGAGAAAAAUCCACGCCACCACGGGAAGAGCAUGCAGACUCCGAAUACACCGCAGGCGUCAGGGUCGGGAUCGAACACCCACGACCUCCAGCACUAUGACCUCGCCAACGCGGCAGAGCCGAAUAAUAAUUCCCACCAUCAAAUCGAGCUGCGGUUAGGGACGCGACGUUGUGGCUUAAUACCUGCGUCAAGCAUCUGCAGGAAGAUCUGAGAAGCCAGAAUUUAAUAUUGGAAGGUCAGAACCUCCGUGGGCAAACCCGGAGGAUCCGGAGAAAAAUCUACGCCACCACGGGAAGAGCAUGCAGACUCCGAAUAUACCGCAGGCGUCAGGGUCGGGAUCGAACCCACGAUCUCCAGCACUAUCACCUCGCCAACACGGCAGAGCCGAAUAAUAAUUCCCACCAUCAAAUCGAGCAGCGGUUAGGGACGCGACGUUGUGGCUUAACAACUGCGUCAAGCAUCUGCAGGAAGAUCUGAGAAGCCAGAAUUUAAUUUUGGAAGGUCAGAACCUGCGUGGCACGCGGCCCAGCUCAAGGUGAUGUUCGUCGGGGGGCUUAACCAGCGCGAGGAUUACCACAUCGAGGAGGGCGAGGAGCUCUUCUUCCAGAUCAAGGGCGACAUGUGUCUGAAGAUAAUGGAACGCGGCCAGAGGCGGGACAUCCACAUCAAGGAGGGAGAGAUGUUUUUGCUGCCAGCUCGCGUCCCGCACUCGCCCCAGCGCCGCGCGGGCACCAUGGGUCUCGUGAUAGAACGCGAGCGCCAGGAGUCAGAGCUCGAUGGCCUCAGGUACUACGUUGACGGAUCACAGGAGGUGCUGUUCGAGCGAUGGUUCCGCUGUGAAGACCUGGUCACCCAGCUCGCUCCCAUCAUCAAAGAGUUCUUCACUUCUGAGCAGUGCCGGACCAGGACACCCCUUACCGCUGCACAGAGAGUGGAUCCCCCGUUCCCGUUGGAGGUGGAGCGCGAGGUGGAGCCUCCGUUGCCCUUCUCCCCGUGGCUGCAGCGCCAGCGCGUGAACCUGCUGGAGGGGCGUGCCCAGCGCCCCUUCAAGGGCCGCUACGAAACCCAGCUUAAAAUCUACGGAGCCGGGCAGAGCGAGGGUGACGGGGAGGAGGCUGACACGUGGAUCUGGCAGAUGGAGGGGACUUCUCGAGUGGCAGUCGGAGACGUGACUCUGCCCCUGGGUCCCGACGACAGCUUGCUGAUACCCGCAGGGACCAGGUACCAGUGGAAACGAGAUGUGGGCUGUACGAGUCUCUACCUGGUGCAGAAUCCCUCUCGCAAGCUGCCCUACAAUUCCCACUGACGCAGCUAAAAAUCAAAUCAAGCUCUCGAAUCAUUUGUCCGUUUGGUAUGAACGCCGUAAAAAUGUUUAACUAUUUAAAUUUGACAAGGCCCACUGAGCUAUAUAGCUCUUACUCAGAAGGGACGUGGCCACAAAUGAUAGGUCAAUGAAGUGGAUAAUCGUGUCGAAAUGUAUAGCAGCCACAUUACACUCACCGCAUGUUGAUUCUAA